CCCUAGUCUGGGAGUGCGCUAUGUCAGACUUUGCACUGCUCUCGUUCGAGAGAUCUCAGUAGCCUAUUGCUUAGAAAUACCACUUAUGCGUUGAUCUCUUUCAGCUGACCGAGCAUCGCAGGAGAGGGAGCUUCUGAGAGACUUGGAGAGAGAGGGAAACGCGAGUGAGCCGGCUGGCAAAGCAAGUAAGCUGCAUAGCUCGCAAGCAUGGCUGCGAAGAACAUCCUUCGCAGAGCAGUGCUCUAUGUCCCUGGCUCCUCACAGCGCUUCAUUGACAAAUCCCGGACCCUCACCGCCGACUGCAUCGCCUAUGACCUCGAAGACAGCGUCACCCCAGCGAAGAAGGCCGAAGCCCGCACCCUGGUCCGCAAGGCCCUGGACCAAGACUCACCUCCAAACAUAAAAGAGCGGGCGGUGCGGAUAAACAGCGUCGGCAGCGGGCUGGCACUCGGGGAUCUGGAGGAAGUGGUCAAGUCGCCGAACCUGACGACCCUGGUCGUGCCCAAGGUGGAGAGCGCGAGCGACUUGACCUUUAUCAGCGACGUGCUCGCGCACUCGCGCUCGAGGGACCAUCUCCAGGAGAAGGGCCAGAUAGGGGUGCUGGCUCUGAUCGAGUCGGCCAAGUCGCUGCUCAACUUGCCCGAGAUCUGCCGCGCGGCGCCGCACCUGCUGCAGGGCCUGGUGUUCGCGGCCGAGGACUUUGCGCUGGACAUGAGCAUCACGCGCACGCCCUCGCUCAACGAGUUUAUCUACGCCCGCCAACUGAUCGCCACCGCGGCGCGAGCGCAUAACCUCCCGUCUACACUCGACCUGGUCGCGACGGCCUUCCGGGGUGAGGGCGACGAGGAGGCUCUCGUCCGCGAAUGCGAGGAGGGCAAGCGCAUGGGCUAUAACGGGAAACAAUGCAUCCACCCGUCCCAGGUGGCCACCGUGCAGAGGAUCUUCUCCCCAAGCGACAAGGAGGUCGAGUGGGCGGUCAGGAUUGUCAUUGCGCAGAAGAGGGCCGAAGAGAUGGGCAAGGGCGCCUGGAGUCUGGACGGCAAAAUGAUCGACAAGCCCGUCGAGGGCAAGGCCGAGCGAAUCGUCGAGAAGGCCGCGUUGUGUGGCAUGGAUGUGAAGGGGCUGAAGGAGAAGUGGAAGGAUCAGAUGCCCGAAUAAGAUGUGUCUAUAGCGGAGGUUAAUCGAGACAGCGGAAGGAAAGGGAGAUCUAUGGCUUUUUAUAUUUUGGACAAAAACACUUUUGGGGGGCUGUGCCUGAACAGGUCCUCUUCCGCUGUGCUC